AUGGGUAAAAGGGUAAGGGCUGGAGAGAUGAUUCUUGACGGUAGAAAGUAUAAGCUGGAUGGGGGCACACGUGUGGUUGACGUCCAAAAGUGUUACUCGAUGGCUAAGGGUAAGAGAAUCACAGGAAUUCCGCCGAAGUCGCAUUCUCCCCCUUCGCGUCUUCGCCCAAAUUCUAUUCCCCCUUGGCGUUCUAGCGCACGUUCCUUACACCUACGUCAGGCCAUCUCAUCAGUGCUAGGGUGUGUGCGGUCUCCUCGGGUCGUCAUUCGCCCGCGAGAAGAAGAUGAGAGAGUUGAGAGACACAAGCGCAGCACUGAGCUAGGGCGGCGGCUGGGGAGACACGGGGGGCCUAUCCACUGCAUCCUUCUCACUCUUUCGGUGUAUGAAUCCCUUUCUCGCACUUCUAUUGAGUUCUCGAGUUGUAAUAAGGCCCUGUCAACAUUUGAACUAAACCCCGCACUCGACUCGAUCGGCAUGCCGAUUUGCUGGGCCCCAGCCGUGUGUCUGCGCGGGCGGCGGCCAACCCAUCUCAGGGUCCAACCAACCAUGAACCCGGCAUGGUACUUUACCUUUUCCUUCUCUGUGACGCUUGCUCGCUCAAUGUCUGUCCUACCCUGUCUUGGGUUGUCCGAUGUUGCCUUACUUUGCCUUGCCUCUCCUCCUCGGCCUACUAGAUACACCCGGCUGAGCCGUGCACACCACCACUUACACCACUUACCGAACCACAACCAUUUCGGACAGACCAGGGGUCCAAGGCUCCGAAGAGGGUUGGCUGGGUUGAGGUAG